UAAAGCUUUGCACACAGGCUUAUCAAGCUGAGGGAACCAAGCUCAGCCCGAUUGCCAACUCUUCUAGAGCUGGUUUCAUAAGGAUAUCACGUGCAGACUCGUACUUUGUAAAGUCCUGUGCUCUGGUAAGUUGAGCACUCUCCUGAGGGCAAAGUAGGUUCUUUUCCAUGGAUCGAACAGCUCAAUGUAGUAUGAGUUUCCUUGUGUCUAUCUGAACUUGAAGGGAAAAGGGGCAAAUGGGCUCGCUUACCAAGCUUGAUAUUCGGGAAUGGUCUCUAUGGAACGACGUAACUGGAUCCUGGAGUCUUGAUGGCUCCAAUCCGUCUAAACCACCUCCAACCAUCUGCUUUCUACUCCACUGGCCUUGCAACCCUUUCUGACUCAUCAUAUUGCUUGUCAUACUCGCUCUUGAGACGUAAACAUGGCCGGUCGAAAGCGCAAAGCCGUUGCAGAUGCAUCCGAAACUCCCGCGACACGUCGUCAUUCAGGACGCGUCGCGAAAGCACGUGUCACCUAUCAAGAAUCUCAUUCUGAUGUCGAAGACGACCAAAGCGAUGAUGACUUUAAGGCACAAGAGUCAGAAGCCGAGAAACCUCAGAGUGAUGAUGAAUUCGAUGAAGCUGCUGAUGACGCGGAAUCCGAUGCCCCUGAAGCAGAUGAUGAUGGCUCAGACGACGAGUACGAGAAGAAGUUGAAAAAGGAGGGAUGGAAGAAGAAGAAAGGUAAGGAUGGGAAAUGGGAGAUGGUCAUGGAUGUGCCGAAAGCGAAGGAUGCGGGCAAUAUGCCUUAUGAGGACAAAAAGAUACAUCCCAACACGAUGGAUUUCUUGAAGGAUCUGAAGAAGAAUAACCGGAGAGAGUGGCUCAAAUUCCACGAUGCGGUAUUCAGACAAGCCGAGAAGGACUUCCACACAUUUGUGGAAGAGCUCUCACCCAUAGUUUCAGAGAAGGAUCCUACGAUUCCAGAGUUGCCCAUCAAGGAUGUCAUCUACAGGAUCUAUCGAGACGUUCGCUUCUCCUCCGACCCAACUCCUUACAAACCCUACUUUAGUGUCACUUGGUCGCGCACUGGAAGGAAAGGCCCUUAUGCACAUUACUAUCUUCAUGUGCAACCCAAUGGCGAAAGCUUCUUUGGGGGUGGAUACUAUGCCUCAGAUAACUUGACUCUCGCUUGUCUCAGAGAAGAUAUUGAUCAGCAACCUCAUCAAUUCAAAUCCAUCUUGAUGGGUGAAAAGCUUCGCAAGACAUUUUUCCCAGGUGCGGGGAAGGAUGAGAAGAAAGUUAUCGCUGCAUUCUGUAAGAUGAGUGGCGGCAAUGCAUUGAAGACUAAGCCCAAGGGCUAUGAUGCGGAUCAUAAAGACGUCAAUCUGCUGAAGCUCCGAAACUUCGUUAUGAGCAGGAAGAUUUCGGAUGAGGAAAUGCUAAGCAAAAACGUACUUGAGGUUGUGGCUGAUAUCGUCGAAGCUAUCGAACCAUUCAUCACCUACCUCAACAAUGUGGUCAUGCCGGAUAGGUAAACAUGGUCACGUGGUAGUGAUAUUUCUCUUCUGGACAAGAGAAGUUACAGAUGUUUCUUGUAAUUAGAUAUUGGUGACUUUUUGCCCUCGCAUUUGUGUAUUUUUGGGAUUAAGGUCUUGCACUGGUCUUGUGUAAUGGUUGAAGCAAUGGGAUGCCAGGUGAAUUUAGCCUGACACUAAAUCUCAGUUCAUCCCACCACAUCGGAGACUUCGUUACAUAUAUUGCGGGUAGAUCAAUCAUAAUGAUAUGUUACAGCC